AUGUCUAGCGGAAUUCUCACGGCCGACAUUACCCAGGGACCGUUUUCGGUCGCCGCGAAUACGACCCAGAACGAGCGAACUAGGCUCAUGAAUGACGCGUUAGCUAACGCGGUAUGGUCAGCGCACAAUACGGGAGACCAGCGACUGGUAACAGUAAACCAGCCGCUGCUUUUUCAGAUAUGCAUGGUAGAGAACAUUGGGAGGUCCAAGGCGAGCCAACUGGACACACUGCGGUCGCGAAUUGACCCACGAACGCAGCGCGUGGACCGAGUUGGGGCGUCCAAAACACCCACUGACCGGCGACUUGUUACCUCGGUGGACGUGGAGACCGAUGUGUCGACCGAUUCGAAUUUACAGGGACCCGACAAAUCGGUUUUUAAGCUUACAUUGCAAGAUCGGUCCGGUGCGAUGUACUUCGCGAUCAACGUAUCACCUCUGAACUUUCUGAAAAAUGACGGCAGCUCUUGUGUACUAGGAUCUAAGCUGGUGAUAUUGCCAGGAGCCGUGUUUAGUCGCGGCAUGUUUCUGCUGCGCGACAGCUGCGUGAUGUUCAUGGGCGGGAUGAUCCAGUCCUGGAACCGUGGUCGCGACCAUAAAAUGUGUGCGUAUCUAGAGGCCCAAUUGGACCUAGCUAAGCCCAAAGGCUCCAGUGCCUCAAGGAAACGCAAGGCUACGGCCGUGGAGGGAGAAUGA